UUCCGAAGAUUAUACAAUAAUCAUGCAGUAGACGCACAUGGUCAGCUGACUUAGCGUUUAACGUCUUGCUUUUUAAUACUGCAAAAGGUAUGCGGUCGACGUAAGACGAUGAGCCGAAAUUGAUGGUUGGAGUCAAACCAGCGCAGUCUGUGCGGAUCUUACUGCGGAGGAGAUGAGUCAACUUUGGCGGCGAGACAUCCCUGUGUCAGGGAGGCCGGGGAAUGACUCUCCGGUCGGCUUUGCUCCGGGGAUUCCAGUCACAACCCCAACCACCAACUCCUCCUUGGUACCAGACACCCCAGUGGUCACACACGAUGAGCUGAUUUUUCUCAUGACCCCCACUGCCCAAACAAUAUCUGGUUUCUUUGUUUGGACAGCCCUCCUGAUCACAUGUCAUCAGAUCUACAUGCAUCUGCGUUACUACAGCUCUCCAAAUGAACAGAGGCACAUUGUGAGGAUCCUCUUUAUAGUUCCCAUUUAUGCCUUUGACUCCUGGCUCAGCCUUCUGUUCUUCACCAACGAGGAGUACUACGUGUACUUUGACACAGUCCGUGACUGCUAUGAAGCGUUUGUAAUCUACAACUUUCUAAGUCUGUGUUAUGAAUAUCUUGGAGGAGAGAGUGCCAUCAUGGCUGAGAUCAGAGGAAAACCCAUUGAGUCAAGCUGUAUGUAUGGGACCUGUUGUCUUUUCAGAAAGACUUAUUCCAUUGGUUUCCUCAGGUUUUGCAAGCAGGCAACUCUCCAGUUCUGUGUGGUGAAGCCCAUGAUGGCAGUGAUAACUGUCAUUCUUCAAGCCUUUGGCAAAUACAAAGAUGGAGAUUUCAAUGUGGCCAGUGGCUACCUGUAUGUGACCAUCAUCUACAACAUCUCUGUCAGCCUGUCACUCUACGCACUCUUCCUCUUCUAUUUUGCCACACGUGACCUACUUGUUCCAUAUAGCCCUGUGCUCAAGUUCUUUAUGGUCAAGUCAGUCAUCUUCCUCUCCUUCUGGCAGGGGAUGCUACUCGCCAUCCUGGAGAAGUGUGGCGCCAUCCCUCAGAUCACCUCUGCAGACUUCUCAGUGGGGAAGGGAACGGUUGCUGCUGGGUACCAGAACUUCAUCAUCUGCAUUGAGAUGUUCUUUGCAGCUGUUGCUUUGCGGCAUGCCUUUACUUACAAAGUCUACAUGGACAAAAGACUGGAUUCAUACGGCUCAUUUCCCAUCUAUGGACAGUAUGGCCGCUGUGCCCCAAUGAAAAGCAUCUCCAGCAGCCUGAAGGAGACCAUGAACCCCGGGGACAUGGUCCAGGAUGCCAUCCAUAACUUCUCCCCAGCUUACCAGCAGUACACCCAGCAGUCCACCCUGGAGCGAGGUGGGGGGCCGCCGCUGUCCCGCAGCCACAGUAAUGUCAGCACCCGCGGAGACAAUGAAAAGACCCUACUGCUCAGCUCUGACGACGAGUUCUAAUAAGUGAACACACAUCUACACAAGUUCACUUUAUUUACUCUUGAAUUGUUGUAUUUUACUCAGCUAUCUCGAAUAAAUUAGAUCAUUUUUGUUGCAGCCUAAACAGUGAAUAUCAGAUUUUAAGAUACAUUUUUUGUUCAUGUUUAGACAACAAUAUAAAGAUCUCACUUGUACCAGAUGUUUGGAAUGUUGUGAACAGAAGUUCCCAAGGGUGGGGAAAAAAAAGAAGAAACGAAGGCAUGAAGAUUUGUGUGAAAGUUUAUUACUUGGAUUUAUACACGGUACUGAAGUACAGUCAGUUUGAAGUCUUUAAUACUCAUCACACAAUAAUUUUACUCAUCGCUUAUUUGCCACCACUCAAAAUGAAGAGUCUAAAUUCAGCACGGGUCAACUAAAUGUGCCUACUCAGCAUUCUUGUGCUACAACUUAAACACUGCAGUAUGCGCGACAUACUGUGUGUUAAAGCAGACAAGUGCCAUCUCAAAUCUGGGGUGGGUGGAAAAAAG